AUGACGGCCUUUACCCACUUCCUCAAGACGAUUCUCGUGCCGCUCUUCCUAGCUGCGAUUCUCUAUGUGGUGCUCGCCCUCGUCAUCCUCCCCUUUGUGCGGCGGCACCGCAGCCGCUACAGCCAGUACCUGCCCGUGACAGCAGACGUAGCCGACUUCCCCGCGUCGUGGCGCACCAAGCUGUCGGAUGCCCUGUACAACCUGUUUGCGCCCUCGGCCUGGGUGCGCCAGCGCGGCGGCCUGCACGGCAGCCAGAACGACGACGAGCUGUUUGACGACGAGGAGGGCGAGGGCAUGGUCGGCUUCGACCCCAUCGACGACCGCAGGAGAGAGGCCCUCGACCAGCGGAGAAGCAUCAUGGACGAUGAGAUGCGUCUGGGCAGGGAUCUUGAGGAGGGCUUCAAGGACGACAGCGAGGAU